AACUUCCUGCGGCUGCAUUCGCACCUCGCUGCUCCAGCCUCUGGGGCACAUUCCAACCUUCCAGCCUGCGACCUGCAGAGAAAAAAAAAUUUCUUAUUUUCUUGCCCCAUACAUACCUUGAGGCGAGCAAAAAAAUUAAAUUUUAACCAUGAGGGAAAUCGUGCACAUCCAGGCUGGUCAGUGUGGCAACCAGAUCGGUGCCAAGUUCUGGGAGGUGAUCAGUGAUGAACAUGGCAUCGACCCCACUGGCACCUACCACGGGGACAGCGACCUGCAGCUGGACUGCAUCUCCGUGUACUACAAUGAAGCCACAGGUGGCAAAUGUGUUCCUCGUGCCAUCCUGGUGGAUCUAGAACCUGGGACCAUGGACUCUGUUCGCUCAGGUCCUUUUGGCCAGAUCUUUAGACCAGACAACUUUGGCUUCCAGCUGACCCACUCACCGGGUGGGGGCACAGGCUCUGGAAUGGGCACUCUCCUUAUCAGCAAGAUCCGAGAAGAAUACCCUGAUCGCAUCAUGAAUACCUUCAGUGUGGUGCCUUCACCCAAAGUGUCUGACACCGUGGUCAAGCCCUACAAUGCUACCCUCUCCGUCCAUCAGUUGGUAGAGAACACUGAUGAGACCUAUUGCAUUGACAACAAGGCCCUCUAUGAUAUCUGCUUCUGCACUCUGAAGCUGACCACACCAACCUAUGGCGAUCUGAACCACAUCAUCUCAGACACCAUGAGUGGUGUCACCACCUGCCUCCGCUUCCCUGGCCAGCUCAAUGCUGACCUCCGCAAGUUGGCAGUCAACAUGGUCCCCUUCCCAUGUCUCCAUUUCUUUAUGCCUGGCUUUGCCCCUCUCACCAGCCGUGGAAGCCAGCAGGAUCGAGCUCUCACAGUGCUGGAGCUCACCCAGCAGGUCUUCAAUGCCAAGAACAUGAUGGCUGCCUGUGACCUCCGCCACGGCCGAUACCUCACUGUGGCUGCUGUCUUCCGUGGUCGGAUGUCCAUGAAGGAGGUCGAUGAGCAGAUGCUUAACGUGCAGAACAAGAACAGCAGCUACUUUGUGGAAUGGAUCCCCAACAACGUCAAGACAGCUGUCUGUGACAUCCCACCUCGUGGCCUCAAGAUGGCGGUCACCUUCAUUGGCAAUAGCACGGCCAUCCAGGAGCUCUUCAAGCGCAUCUCCGAGCAGUUCACUGCCAUGUUCCGCCGGAAGGCCUUCCUCCACUGGUACACAGGCGAGGGCAUGGACGAGAUGGAGUUCGCCGAGGCUGAGAGCAACAUGAACGACCUCGUCUCUGAGUAUCAGCAGUACCAGGAUGCCACCGCAGAGGAGGAGGAGGAUUUCGGUGAGGAGGCCGAAGAGGAGCCUAAGGCAGAGCCCCCAUCACCUCAGGCUUCUCAGUUCCCUUAGCCCCUUACUCAACUGCCCCUUUCCUCUCCCUCAGAAUUUGUGUUUGCUGCCUCUAUCUUGUUUUUUGUUUUUUCUUCUGGGGGGGUCCAGAACAGUGCCUGGCACAUAGUAGGUGCUCAAUAAAUACUUGUUUGUUGGAAAAAAAAAAAAAAAAA